CUGAUAUCGUGUUGUUAUUCUUGUUUAUGAACUCCAAAAAUUAUUGUAAUAACGCAGUCAAGUAAUUAUAUAUUUCGUAUAGGUACUUGUAAGUUAUUUAUUUGAUUUUUGAAGUGUGUGUUAGUGAAACAUAAAAUGGAAACUGUGGAAUUGUGUACUCUUUGUGAUCAGACGUUUGAAAACGAGAAAGAUGAAAUUAUUGAAGUUAAAAAAAAAGGACUCCAAACUUUAAUUAACAAAAGCAAAUUAAAGGACGACAAUAAAUAUAAACUUUGGGAAAAUGCGGAUUCAUUUCAAUUCCAUUCUGUAUGUCGGGUACGAUAUCAAGCAUCGUCUAAUAAAACGAAGUUCAAGCGGAGGGAUAAAUCACCAACGUUAGAUGAACCUUCAACAUCAAGUCGUGGACAAAUACAUGAAGACCAAAUUGAGAAUACUUUCAAUUUUAUUAAUAACUGUUUAAUUUGUGGAAAGAGAAACUUUCAUGGUGACACUGGAACUCAUGUUUUUUCUAAUGAUCAUCAAUUGAAUCGAUUAUUAACAACUGCCAACUUAUACAAUGGUGAUAUUUUCACACAAGUUCAUCAAAGAUUGCAAGGAAUCAAUUCUCUAGUUGCAGUUAAGGCUCGUUAUCAUAAAAAAUGUUUAUACAGAUUUUUUGCUGAUCCAAAUAAGGAACCAAAAAUUCGUGAAGUUGAUCCAGACAUACAAGACACUUUAGAUCGUGUUUACAAGUACAUUGAAGAAAGCAGUGAAACAAAAUUUCAUUUAUCUACUCUGCAAAAAAUAAUGGGAAAUAAUCUAAUUACAAAUACAAGGCUGUAUAGAAAAUUACAAUCCCGGUACCAGAAUGACAUUCGUAUAAAACAAUCUCCAGGUACAGAUACUAUUAUUUAUUAUAAACAUAAAUCAGCUGGAGCACUUUCUGAUGAUUGGUUCGAUAAUAAUGAAUGUUUGGAUGAAACUGAGAAAAAGACAAUUUUGCAAGCUGCUUCUGAAAUUCUUCGACGUGAAAUAUUAGCUAAAAGUUAUGAUACUGAUUCUUAUCGUGCAUCAGGGGAUUUUCUUAACAGUAUUGUAGAAGACAUACCGAAUUUAUUAAAUUAUUUUCUGAGUGAUCUUCUAUUAAACAAAAAAAAAGACAGUGAUUCUUCAGAUUUUGUGAAACGCGAUAAUAUAGCUCACGCAAUUAUUUCAAGUAUCCGGCCUAAAUCUUUUAAUUCGCAUCUUCAGCUAGCUAUUGGUACUUACAUACAUAAGAAGAGCGGCUCAAGAUUAAUUAUAGAUCUACUAUCAAAACUUGGAGUAUGUGCUUCAUACUACAAUAUUCAAUUGUUUGAAGCGUCAACAAUGAUGGAUCCUCCGAAAAUGGUCAUUGACGAUGUUUUUGGGCAGUACAUUUUUGAUAACACAGAUCAUAAUGCGAAAACUUUGGAUGGCAAAAGAACUUUUCACUGUCUUGGAGGAAUAAUUGCAUAUACUCCGGAGGGCAAUGUAACCUAUGAAGGCUCUUCGAAGAAGUGCCGUAAAAUGCCUUCUGCUGAACAAUUAGCCCAAUGCAGUUGUAACAGGGAAAAUCGAACUUCCCGGGGUCAUUAUCGACCCCGAUAAUUGACGCACGGUAGGUAAGGGUUUUCCCUUACUUUUCGAUUUUUGACAAGAGUUUCGACUUGUCACCGGGCGUGCUAAUCAAGAUUCCCCACUACUGUUCCCGGAAAAUGAAGUGGGGCGUAACAAUAGGAAAGUUCGAGAGCCUGAGCUGAGGGUUAUAAAAGAGCGAGCACGAAAAACAUCGAGGCUUUUUCCCUUCUGGAAGCCAGUGGCCUUUUGCCUUUUGUGAAUCAGUGACCUUGUUGAGAUUAGAUAAGUCAAGAGAGUGCAGUUUUGAACGCCGACGAUAGAAAGCAACUACUGAGGAGUUUAUUACGGUAUUUGGAAUUGGACAAGCCCUGACCGGAAGCUAACAUAGUGGUUUGAGACGACAAGACGUCAAGCGGCGGAGCCAGCCAAGUUGGACCGGAGUAUCAGUCGUCGUUGGAUAAAACAAUAAUUGAGUCUCUAGGUAUUUUCGAUUAAUUUAGGCCAAAAUUGAUUAUUAAUUUAAUUAAGAGGCUGAAAUAAUUUAAAUUAAUUUCUCGAGCGGUCAUUUUUAUAUUAGCAAGUUUUGUACUUUAGAGAUUCAUGCGCCAAGGUCAUUUAGCUAGUUUUGUUAUUGGAUAUUUAUU